ACAAUUUUUAUGCGUCCCUCAGGACACGUGUCAUCCUGUAAUAGGAUGUUGUUUUAUUUGUAGGGUGAAAGGAAAAAAAACUCGACGGAUCAAUUCAUUUUAUCUUUCGCACUCUCUCUCUUUACUCUCUCUGUAUCGCGACGGCGAUUAAACAAAAACUUUGGAUCGCCUCCAUCAAAGUGAAGAUUUUGCAACGCGAAGGCCUCACUUAGUGUAUCAUCUUCCAAAAUAUCCAAUUGUAAGAGGAUAUCAGAAGAGAAUUAGGAAUAUCUCUGUUUGGUGAAAAGACGCAGGAAGAAGCAGAGCUACCAAAGGUUUGUAAUAAGAUAACAUGUGGAAUGAUUGAUGUAGCGAAACGUUUGUUCGAUGAAAUUGGGAACCAGAGAAAUUUGUGCUCCUGGAACUCAAUGAUUGGUAGUCUAGCUACUCACGGGAAACACAACGAAGCUCUUGAGCUUUAUUCACAAAUGUUGCGAGAAGGAGAAAAACCAGAUGCAGUGACAUUUGUCGGGUUGCUGCUAGCUUGUGUUCAUGGUGGGAUGGUAGUGAAGGGACAAGAAUUGUUCAAGUCCAUGGAGGAAGUUCACAAGGUUUCGCCAAAGCUAGAGCACUACGGAUGCAUGAUCGAUCUCUUGGGACGUGUUGGGAAGCUGGAAGAAGCAUGUGAUCUCAUCAAAACAAUGCCAAUGAAACCAGACGCUGUUGUAUGGGGAACUCUUUUAGGUGCUUGUAGUUUCCAUGGAAAUGUUGAGAUUUAUCAGUUUCUUGAUGAAAUUUUUAGAUUCACUUUGUCAUUUUCUUAUUUUGGUGUGCUGUUAUUAAUGCCAGGUUCUGUUUGUGUUUCUGCAGGGACACCGGCACAAUUAAAUGAAGAAGAUCCACCUACUGGUGCGGAGGAAGGAGUUUGGAAUUUUGUACAUAAUAAUAGCUAG